AUGCUUUCCCGCACCAGCGGUUUCCGCGGUGUUCUGCUUAUCAUCCACGCUUUGGGUCUUCGCCUCUCCUUUCCUUUCUUUUCUUUCUUUUCUUUUUCUGCCUUGGUAAAUGGUGCCACACCCUCUCGUUAUUUCUCUCUAACUUUCUCUUCUUCCCUCUCUUUAUCUCUUUCUUUCUCUCUAACUUUCUCUUUCUCCCUCUCUUUAUCUCUUUUUCUCUCUAACUUUCUCUUCCUCCCUCUCUUUAUCUCCUUCUCUCUCUCUAACUUUCUCUUCCUCCCUCUCUUUAUCUCUUUCUUUCUCUCUAACUUUCUCAUCCUUCCUCUCUUUAUCUCUUUCUCUCUCUCUCUAACUUUCUCUUCCUUCCUCUCUUUAUCUCUCUCUUUCUCUCUAACUUUCUCUUCCUCCCUCUCUUUAUCUCUUUCUUUCUCUCUAACUUUCUCUUCCUCCUUCUCUUUAUCUCUUUCUUUCUCUCUAACUUUCUCAUCCUCCCUCUCUUUAUCUCUUUCUUUCUCUCUAACUAUCUCAUCCUCCCUCUCUUUAUCUCUUUCUCUCUCUAACUUUCUCUUUCUCCCUCUCUUCAUCUCUUUCUCUCUCUCUAACUUUCUCUUCCUCCCUCUCUUCAUCUCUCUCUUUCUCUCUAACUUUCUCUUCCUCCCUCUCUUUAUCUCUCUCUUUCUCUCUAACUUUCUCUUCCUCCCGCUCUUUAUCUCUCUCUCUCUCUCUCUCUUCGUUACAUUCUUUAAUCUCUCUCACUGUACGCUCCCUUUUUCAUUUUCUUCUUUUUUCAUUCCUUUGCUUUUAGUCUCACUUUCACCAUUCUUUCUCUCUCUCUCUCUCUCUCUCUCUCUCUUUCUCUCUUCCUCUUUCAUUUUUACCCUCGUUUUUUUUCCUUUCUUUCCGUAUCUCUUUCUUUUUCCACCAUUUUUAACGUUUAUUCGUUUUUUUUUCCUCUGUCCCUUUUUCUCUUUGCACCCUCCCUUUUUGCUUUUAUUAUUUUUUCUCUAUCUUCUCUAUCUCUCCCAGCCAAUUAGUGUAAUCAUUUAA